AUGUUCUCGCGAUCCUACACCAAUCUGGUCGAUCUCGCCAAUGGCAACCUCUCCGCCCUCGACUACGGAGGCGGCGGCGGCGGGGGUGAGGGCGGAGGCCAGGGCGGGGGUGGAGUUGGAGGCGGAGGCGGGGGCGGGGGCCGCCCGCCGCGGGCGAGGCAGAUGCAGCGGACGAUGACGACGCCCGGGACGCUCGUGGAGCUCGACGACGAGGACCAAGCGGGCAGCGUCGCCUCCGACGUGCCGUCGUCGUUCGCCAGCGACCGCCUCAUCGUCGUCGCCAACACGCUCCCCGUGCGCGGCGAGCGCCGGCCCGACGGCCGCGGGUGGAGCUUCUCCUGGGAUGAGGACUCGCUCCUCUUCCACCUCCGCGACGGCCUCCCCGAAGACAUGGAGGUCCUCUACGUCGGCUCCCUCCGCGCCGACGUGCCGGCCGUCGAGCAGGACGAGGUCGCGCAGGCGCUCCUCGACAGGUUCCGCUGCGUCCCGGCCUUCCUCCCCAAGGACCUCUGCGACCGAUUCUACGACGGCUUCUGUAAGCAGACGCUCUGGCCGCUCUUCCACUACAUGCUCCCCUUCUCCCCAGACCACGGCGGACGCUUCGACCGCUCCCAGUGGGAGGCCUACGUCCUCGCCAACAAGCUCUUCUCCCAGCGCGUCAUCGAGGUCCUCAACCCGGAUGACGACUACGUCUGGAUCCACGACUACCACCUCCUAGCCCUCCCGUCCUUCCUUCGCCGCCGAUUCAACCGCCUCCGCAUCGGUUUCUUCCUGCACAGCCCCUUCCCUUCGUCAGAGCUCUACCGUUCUCUCCCCGUCCGUGAUGAGAUCCUCAAAUCGCUGCUCAACUGCGAUCUGAUUGGGUUCCACACCUUCGAUUACGCCCGGCAUUUCCUGUCCUGCUGCAGCCGCAUGCUCGGGAUCGAGUACCAAUCCAAGAGGGGGUAUAUUGGGCUGGAUUAUUUUGGACGCACGGUGGGGAUAAAGAUCAUGCCUGUUGGGAUUAACAUGGUGCAGUUGCAGUCACUUCUCCAUCAGCCUGAUCUGGAGCGGCAGGUCACGGAGCUCCGGAACCAAUUCAAUCGGAAGACUGUCUUGCUCGGUGUGGAUGAUAUGGACAUUUUUAAGGGGAUUGAUCUGAAGAUUCUUGCGUUUGAACAGAUGCUGAAGACACAUCCAAAAUGGCAGGGCCGAGCAGUGUUGGUGCAGAUUGCAAACCCAAAAGGCGGCAGCGGGAAAGACCUUGAGGGGCUACAGACUGAGAUUGAAGACAGUUGCAGGAGGAUCAAUGAGCAGUUUGGACGGACUGGAUAUAGCCCUGUCGUGCUUGUCAAUAGGAUACUGUCAAGUGUUGAGAGGAUGGCUUAUUACACAAUUGCAGAGUGUGUCGUUGUCACUGCAGUCAGGGAUGGGAUGAACCUUACACCAUAUGAAUACAUUGUGUGUAGGCAGGGAAUUCCAAGUUUGGAUGGUUCUGCAGAUGAUAGACCGAGGCGGAAAAGUAUGCUAGUUGUGUCAGAAUUCAUUGGCUGCUCACCAUCGUUGAGUGGAGCAAUUCGGGUAAACCCGUGGAACAUUGAGUCAACAGCAGAGGCGAUGAAUGAAUCCAUCGCUUUAUCAGAUACUGAGAAGCAACUGCGACAUGAGAAGCACUAUCGGUAUGUCAGCUCACACGAUGUUGCCUAUUGGUCUAAGAGCUAUAUUCAUGAUUUUGAGAGAAGCUGUAGGGACCAUUUUAGGAGGAGAUGCUGGGGUAUUGGACUAGGAUUUGGAUUUAGAGUGGUUGCUCUUGACCGCAAUUUCAAAAAGCUUACUGUGGAUUCUAUUGUUGCGGAUUACAAGAAGUCAAAGAGCAGGAUUAUACUACUGGACUACGAUGGAACCCUAGUACCACAAACUACAAUGAACAAGACUCCAAGUGAAACUGUUGUUAACAUGAUGAAUACCCCUGUAAUGCGGAUAAGAAGAAUGUUGUUUUUACUGUGGACCAGAGACGAACAGUGGCAAAUACAACAUCAGACAUCAGAUUUUGGAUGGAUGCAUAUGGCUGAGCCGAUAAUGAAACUGUACACAGAGGCAACUGAUGGAUCAUAUAUUGAAACCAAAGAGAGUGCUUUGGUCUGGCAUCACCAAGAUGCUGACCCUGGUUUUGGAUCUGCACAAGCGAAAGAAAUGCUAGAUCAUUUGGAAAGUGUCCUGGCCAAUGAGCCAGUCUCUGUAAAGAGUGGCCAGCAUAUUGUAGAGGUUAAGCCUCAGGCUGUCAGCAAAGGUUUUGUUGCCGAGAAGAUACUUUCAACUCUCAUGGAGAAGGGAAGGCAAGCAGAUUUCGUUCUGUGCAUUGGUGAUGAUAGAUCGGAUGAGGAUAUGUUUGAACAGAUUGCUGAUAGUACGAGGAAGAGCAUGGUUGAUCCCGAAACCUCGCUGUAUGCCUGCACAGUCGGGCAGAAACCAAGCAAGGCCAUUUACUAUUUGGAUGACGCUAAUGAGGUCUUAAACAUGCUCGAAGCACUUGCUGAUGCAUCGGAGGAGGCAGGUUCUGGUUCACCGGAAGGCACUGAUGGACCAUCUACACUGGAGGAAGCAUGA